AUGAGCGAGGUUGCAUACGAGAAAACGGCGUACAGCACUUCUAUCGAGGCUGGAAAUAUCAACCUUACAGAGAAGACCCAUCAAUGGGACCCAAACUUGAAACAGGAUAAGAUCGACGAGCUACAUGCGGCGACUCAUGAUGGUGAUUCUGAAGCGAUCAGAAGAGCAGAGAAGGACUUCGUUGAAGACUCUCCUUACGAAGAAGUAAGAGCUGCAGUGAGGAAUACAGAUGGUGGAGAACCCGCAAAUACGGUACGAGCAUGGGUACUUGGCAUGUUGUUCGUUACGGUCGCGUCUGGCAUAAACAUGUUCCUGUCGAUGCGAAGCCCGGCCAUCAAUUUUCCCAAUAUCGUGGUGUUACUAGUAGUAUAUCCUUUCGGUGUUCUUUGGGCCAGAGUAAUGCCGACGAGGCAGUUCACGACCUUUGGCAUCAAGUGGACGCUCAACACAGGCCCUUUCAAUAUCAAGGAACAUGCUGUCAUCACAAUUAUGGCUGGAAUCUCCAUCAACUAUGCCUACUCGACAGAUGCUCUCCUCGCCUUGUUAGCAAAGCCGCUCUAUAAUCUCCCUAUGUCAUGGGGAUUCCAAUUACUCUUUACGCUCAGCAGCCAAGUAAUUGGAAUCUCUCUUGCAGGCAUGUUUCGCCGCUUUCUGGUGUGGCCUGCCGCGAUUAUCUGGCCAAAUCAAUUCUCAAACUCUGCAUUACUCCAUGCAUUCCAUGAUCCGAAAACUGAUGAAGAAGAUGCGAAUGGAUGGCGAAUAUCUCGGAUGCGAUUCUUUCUCUUUGUCAUGGGUGGCAUGUUUGUGUAUUAUUGGUUCCCUGGAGUCAUUUGGCAAGGCCUCCAGGUUUUUGCGUUCAUUACAUGGAUCAAGCCUGACAACGUAGUGGUUAACCAGCUGUUUGGUGGCUACACCGGCUUGUCACUCAUUCCCAUCACAUUUGACUGGACAUAUGUCUCAAGUUACUUGUCAGAUCCCCUCCUAGCGCCGGCUCACGCGCACAUCAAUACCCUCAUCGGAUUGGUUGUCUUCGUCAUCAUCACCACCCUCGGGAUAUCCUUCACCAAUUCCUGGUAUGGUGACUUCUUGCCCAUCAACACCUCAACCACGUUCGAUAACACGCAAGCUGCGUACAACGUCACCAACAUUCUUGGACCAAACUUCACAUUUGACCUCGCCAAGUACAAAGAAUACUCGCCGAUGUUCCUAGCACCCACGUUGGCCCUGAACUACGGGUUGAGCUUCGCGGCACUCACCGCAGCUGUUGUUCAUACCAUCGUAUUCCAUCGCAAGGAGAUCUGGUAUCGCUUCAAAGCCUCACGGAACCAAGAACCAGACAUCCACAUGAAGCUCAUGCAGAAGUAUGCUCCUUGCCCGGAUUGGUGGUACGGUAUCCUAUUCGUCAUAUCCGUUGCCUUUGGCCUCGCGACGAUCCUGGCUUACGAUUCGCAAAUCCCCUGGUGGGCAUACUUCGUGUCACUCAUCGUCGCACUUAUUUUCAUCAUCCCGACAUGCAUGAUCUACGGCAUCACUAACAUUAUGCUGUCUCUCAACAUCAUAUCACCUUUUCUUGCGGGCUAUAUGAUUCCUGGGAAACCCAUUGGUGUAAUGAUCUUCAAGGUCUACAGCACGAUCACCUUGGGACAAGCACAAUUGUUCUCCGCCGAUUUGAAGCUUGCACAUUAUAUGAAGGUUCCUCCAAAGACGGCGUUCACCGCGCAGCUUGUUGCAACCGUCUGGGCGAGCUUUGUACAGAUCGCAGUCAUGAAUUGGACGUUGGGAAACAGCAUCGUCUGGGGUGUCAUUGGACCUGACCGCAUGUUCGGACCCGGCUCGAUCUAUUCUUCGAUACAUUACUACUGGCUCAUCGGCGCCGCGCUGCCUAUCAUCUUCUUCUUCCUCAUGCGCCUAGCUCCGAAGUCCCCACUUAGGUACCUAAAUGCACCAGUCAUGCUAGGGGCGAUGGGCUGGUUACCACCUGCCACUCCGCUCAGCUUCUCAUCGUGGGCGCUCUGGGGCUUGGUGUUCAACUAUUGGAUUAUGCGCAAGUUCCAUGGAUGGUGGCAUAAAUACAACUACAUCACGGCGGCAGGGCUUGACGCCGGGCUCAUCAUUUCGACGAUCGUGAUAUUCUUCGCGAUUACUUUCAGAGAGUACUCAAUCCCUUGGUGGGGCAACGAAAAGCCAUUUGAGACGACAGUGAGUGUGUAG